AUGAGCGAGGUUCCUUCCGACGCCGCAACCGGCGAGCUAGAGCGCGACGUUGGUAACGUCGCCGGCAUGAGCAACAUCGAUCCUGCACCGCAGCCAGCGGAAAUCGGCGUCGCCACCACGGUACAUCAAGAUAUUCUACGUUCUGACACUGACAGUACACACGAUGCAGAUGAUACACACGAUGCAGACGGUGCACACGAUGCAGAAGAUACACACGAUGCAGACGGUGCACACGAUGCAGAUGGUACACACGAUGUAGAAACGUGUGACGCCUCUGGACAAGGAACGACCCGCGAAGAUCCGGAUACCGACGAAAAGCAUCAGAAUGCCACUAUCCUGGGAGAUCAUUCCGGAUCAGACCAAAACAAUACCUCCGGAACAACCAUGUCGGAGGAGCCACUGCGGACCGCUACAGACGAAGGAGUGCUCGUCGACGACAAGGAACCAUCGGAAUUAGAUCUCGUGAGCUCUAUCCGGGGGAUGUACAGGAUCCUUGACCUCAUCACCGAGCAAGGGAGCGGUGGACUCGUGGACAAGGUUAUCAUUGAUCAGCAGUCGCUUGGGCGGCUCAUCAAUGAUCUUCAAGCAGGGGCGUAUGCUUCGUUGACGAAAGUUGACUUCGCGGCGCUGGACAACUUGGUCUUGAAGCCCAUCGGUUUGUAUGGAAGCAAACACGAGAUUGUUCGUUUCCUGAAAGACAGGGAUGUCGUCAAUGAGCGGACGGCUGAUCUGCUGCGGCUCCCGAGUCCUGCUGCUGGAGAACCAUUGCGCCCUCACCUUCGUUCUGGUCUCUACAUAUUGCGCGAAUUCGCUUGUGGCCAGGAUCCCGAUAUCAUUUAUGCAAUCUUCUGGCCUCAAGAUACGACUUGGGACACGAACGCAAUUUCUUCGAUCCGUCGCAAUCGCGUUACAUUCAUGAGGUAUUUGACGAAAGUUGCAGAUCAGAUUCUGGCUUUGGUAUCAGACGACGAUGCCACCAAAAUCAUGUGGAAGGAGGAGCUGGACGAUAUUAAGCCGGAUCCGGAGGAAGAAGAGGAUGACCGAGUCAUUGAUUUUGAAGUCGCUCAAACCCUCGAACAGGAGGAGAACGUCAUGGCAAGGCCUGGGUUUACGAUGAACCUCCCUGCACCUCAGAUUGUUGAAGCUAGUUACACACCGUGGACCGAUGUGGUUAGGUUGGCGCCGAAGUUGAUCCCAGGUGAACUGAGGCAAGGCAUUCUGCAAGUCACAUAUGUCCCCUCUGAGCAGUAUGAAAGCCCGUUGUCGGAAUCAGUGAAAACCAUUCGUCUCAAAAAUUACAUAGAGAGGGGCUCUCUGCGGUUGAACGAGGGCCUCUCGCACGAAGCUAUAGAAGUACUGCUUAAUCAUGGGUUGCACCAACGUGCCAGGGAUGCAUGUUCAAUAUACCAAGAGAGUCUUCGCACUGCGGAUCGUGCCGCAGAGGACUUUGUGCAAAAUAAAGUUGACGAGAUGCAGCAACGGCUCAAUGCCGAAGCUUUGCCACUACAGCGGGCAAUUCGUCGCUUUGUUGUCAGUAGCAUUCGCAGGAACUUCUCGCUGUUCGAUGAACCCUCCAUCACUAUUGCAGAGGGCGACACGGAAGAAGAGAAUGAUCGCAAUCAAGCUGUGCUACCGAGCCAGAAGCAAGAUCAUGGAGAGAAGCAGGAUGACAUGGAAGCUCUGCAAGAGAAAGGGGGGGUCAACGGCAUGCAGGAUCAGAAGCAGGAUCACAAGGAGGGAACAUGUGAAGGCGGGUUAGCUCCGUACGAGGGCAAGGGGGAAGACCUUGCGCCAGAAGAUCAAAGCGGCGAAAGAGUUAGACAGUGUGACGAAGAUGAGGAAGCAGACAGCAUGCUCCUGCAGCACCUCGCCGGUCUCUACCCUGAGAUUCAGCCUAUACUCGAUAAACUCAAAGACCCUGCGACUAUCAAUUAUAAGGCGAACAGCUUCCAGGUACAGAAGGAGAGGAUCAUUAUCUUGGAUGCCAUUCUUGGCGGUCGUGACGACAUCGACAAGUCCCGGGCAGAAGAACUGGUCAUUUCAGUUAUGUCCAUGAGCAACACAAAAAAGACUGGCGACUUGCUGAAGGUGUUCGACCAUCAGCCGAGGAAUUCAUGGAUCCCGGCAGUCAUCGUCAAUUUCUUCUCUUCGGGAGGAUCCUCUCGUCAGCAACUGGCUGAGGCUGAGAAGCGUGCAGCCAAGAUCAGUGACGCGGACUUCCUGUCCUCAUUGGCUACCAUUGUAGAUCACAACGCCCUCCUUACCCGUGCCUGUGCUGAUAUCAAGGCAAUCGCGAUCGAAUCGUUAAAUCGUAUGAUAGUCAAAGCAGUCAAGGCCGCAGUUCAUCAUAUUCGGAGCAUUCAAGAGAAGACUUGCAAGGCCCAAAUCAAAAGGGAAGCCGAUGCACAGAAGCAGAUGGACUUUGGGGAAGCUCGUUCGACGCUGCUGAAUACACUGAAGGAUCAGCUUCUGGUGAAUAAUACCAGCGAUACCCUAUUCAUCGCAAAUGUUGAGAAGCAGACGAACUCUCCUUGGCGGCAUGAGUCAUAUCGCCUUGUAGGCUCGCGAGAAAUACGGACAGAUGCUUGCUUGCGCUACACGAUCAAUCCAUUCUUCUUCACGGAGGAUGAUCGGCAGCAAUUGCAGCUUGACAAAUUCUUCGUCCCCACUCCGAAGGUCCACUCCAACUCAUCAUCAUCGUUCGAAUUACCGACGGAACACCAAGUCAAACACAUACAAUUACUGCAUAACGGCAAAUGUCUCCUCAUAGUGGAUGACAGUCGUAGCAUGAUCAAGAUCUUUCUGGAGACGCCUGAUACUCUGAAUGGCGCUCUGAACCGCUCCGCCUGUAAGAGAAAGCUGCACCGUGAGAAGAUUGGCGGCAGCUGCCUAUUUGCUUUUGACGAGACAAAACGUAUGCUGGCUAUAUUGAGCGCUGAUAUUUCGGAGAUUCCUCAGCGUGCUCAGCUGCACUUUUAUGUAUUCGACGAGAAUUUUGUUUACCUACAAAGUAUGGGUAGCCCUGUUGACCUUCGUUCAUGGUACGACGGGCCUGUUCUAAUCUCCAAUAUGGCCUUUAUCUGCGGAAAUGAAGACCUCGUCCUUGUAGACCACACGUCCCGAGCGCGGAUAUUCUCAUUUGUGACUCAACAAUUCCGGCCGGCCUUUCUGCAGUUGCAGAAUCCUCCGAACACAGUCCUCUCUUCUCCAGACGGAGCUUGUCUCAUGACGAUCAGCGAUACGCACGACGGACUCUCGAUGCGCGCUUAUCACUGGUCAACCUUUGGGUCGACGGAAGGUAUCUCUAUUCCACUUCCUGACAUUGAUCCGACUGGGAUUGUUGUUACGUCUUUCGGGAAGCGAUCCCACGUCCAUCUUGUCGGCAUGAAACAUGAUGCCUGCCUUUGUCGUUCAAUCGUCCUGGACAUCACCCGCAAAGCAACAGAAUUCACCUUCCAAGAAACGGGCCAGAGUGGGUCCCGCGCCGCAAAGUCUCAAAAAAAUGUCAUCCAGAAUGUAUUCAUUGAUUGUCACGCCGAUGUUUGGACAAGGUUCCCAGUGCUUCCCGCGAUCCAGAGGCGGACCAUCACAUCGUUAGCCCAGAGGUAUCCUCGUUCCUUAUGUUUUGUUGCUCGCGACAAUCAUGACAACUACAUGGCCUACUUCGCCGAUCUUGUGAAAACCUUCGAAAGGACCGUUCGCAAACCGACUGGAAAUCAACUCAGUGAGACUAUUGUCAGAGCCGUUGGUUACGAAGCAUUCAUGAAAAGUGGUGUUCAAGACAUAUCUGUGUUCAAAGUAGGAGAGUGGCUCGCGGAUCUGCUUUGUUUGAUCCCUAUCCAUCUGGCGAUCACGCGAGACAAUCGCUUUAUUCCUCUCAAGGAUGGGGUGUUUUCCUCGGAACUAGAGCGAUCCCUCCUUGGGGCAGAUGUCGCCACCAUCGUCGACAACUUAUCUUUCGGUUGGUACGAGUCUUUAUUCCAGUCUUACUUGGCUUCAAAGCCGGUGAAGGUUGUGUCAUCGAUGGGCGAACAAUCAGUAGGCAAGAGCUUCGCCUUGAACCAUCUGGUGGAUACUUCAUUUGCUGGCUCGGCGAUGCGAACGACAGAAGGCGUCUGGAUGUCUGUUGCACCUCUUGAUGAUAUGAUCAUUGUGGCUCUUGAUUUUGAGGGUGUCCAUAGCAUUGAGCGUUCGGUGCAAGAAGAUACGUUGCUUGUGUUAUUCAACACUGCGAUAUCAAAUUUAGUAUUGUUCAGGAACAACUUUGCUUUGUCGCGAGAUAUCACUGGACUCUUCAAAUCGUUUCAAUCAUCAUCUUCCGUUCUCGAUCCUGCUGCAAACCCGAAUUUGUUCCAAUCGACGCUCGUGAUUAUUAUCAAGGAUGUCGUCGACUCAGACAAAACUGAGAUUGUUAAGGAAUUCAGCCUGAAAUUCCAGCAUAUUGUACAGCUCGAACAGGCUUCAAACUUCAUCAGCCGAUUACAUGGCGGAAGAUUGGCAAUUAUACCAUGGCCCGUUAUCGAAUCUCGGCAGUUCUAUCUGCUCUUCAAUGGCCUGAAGCGGCGCUUGGAUCAACAACGACCAACUCAUACAGGAGGCAGCAUUUUCUUGCAAACGUUGAAAACCCUCAUGACGAAAUUGAAGGCUAAUGACUGGGGUGCAAUGUCCCAGAAUAUGGCUGCCCACCGUGCGAAACUGCUCCUGACAUUGUUGCCUGUUGCACUCUCAUCCGGUGUAGCAGAGCUUAAUUCGGACGUCGAGCCUCUCAAGGAUUUUGAUACAGGCGCCGUGAUUGAAACGCGCGAUACAAACGCAAGGUUCUUCUGUUCCGAACUCGGUGUUGCAGAACCCUCCCCUGGCCGUGAUGCUAUGCUCCAACAACUCAUCGGGUUGUGGGAUGACCUUCAUACUCGCGGGACUAUUGCUGACGAUGAAUGGAUGGCUGGCCUCAUCGAGCAUCUGAAUGACCUGGUCCAGCGGCGAAUCGAUCAUGUGAAUGAAUGGCUGAAUUUGAACAUGGCAAAAUUCCCUUCUACGCAUGCGGACAUACAGAUGCUGCGUCGUUUGGCUAAUAACAUGAUGAUUGAUGUCAAGGCCAAUGUUCAGAUAUGCUCUCUUCAAUGCGCCAAGUGCCAUCUAUUAUGUGCACUUUGUCGCCACCACGAUGGACGACACGAUUGUCAAACAUCUCAUGCUUGCACUCGUUCUUGCGAAUAUGAAGACUACGAAGCCAAGGGAUGUGGAUUAUCGGCUGGACAUCCGGGACGGCAUGUAUGUGACAUCACAGUUCACUUGUGCGGGUAUCCAUGUGCUCUGGAAGAUAAGCGUGGAUGCUUGGGUGAAUGCACGAAAGUGGUCAAUCACGACGAUGCUGAGCACAUGUGUUCAGCGACAGUUCACGAAUGCAGCGAGCCUUGCCGUCUGGUAAAUAUCCCACUGCCUGAUGGCGGGAUUUAUUCUUGCCCGGAGUUCUGUUCGAUUGCAAGUCAUGAACCGCAUCUAGAACACGUUUGUGCAAACCGACAAUGUCCCAUGCAAUGUCAACUAUGCGCGAGACUGUGCUCUAAACAGAGUCACUUGCAUGGGUUGUACCAAGGCGAAGUGCACCUUUGCGGGACAGAGCACCCGUGUCCUGCCCUCUGUUCGGCUGAUGGAAUCUGUCAGAUAGACACUGCCCCACAAUCAAUUGAAGCGACAUUCACGGGAAGGCAUGAAACUUUCCAGUAUACAAAGUUUAUUCAGGUGUCGAAACGUUUGACUUGUGCUAUCCCGAUUGCUCCGGGUCGCGUGGACCACAAUGAUGUCGGUCCGCAUCGACAUACUACGGACAAGGAUUCGUUCCAUUCCUGCAAGGCGAGAUGCGAGAACUGCGGCUAUUACUGCACUUUACGACUCGGACAUCCGCAAAAGGAACACGAGACAAGCCAUGGGUCCAUGUCGAGGACGCAAUGGGCUAUUGACGGACCUGAUGGUACCACGCUGGAGCUCGACGGGCGAAAGUUCGGUUCUCGUGACGAAGGCACACCUAUGUUUUGCUCUAUGGUUUGUCGAUCACUAGGCAGGCACGUGCACGUCGACUACUGCAGAGCAGGCCAAAGGGAGGUCUGCGGAGGUCCUGAGUACGAGCACAUAUCUGCUCGCAUGCAACCAUAUCCGGACCGGCCGAAGGACUGGGUUACUCAUCGGCUCUUCUGGAGGCGAACAGGCUUCAAAGAUCCAUACCCCAAUGAGGACCAGAACAAUUUCACUUUGUGCGAUGCAAUGUGUCCAGGACCUGAGCAUGCUGCAUCUCCCAGCGGUGUAUCACGGCCUUCUUACUGCACGCUGCCCAUUCUUCAUCCUCAUUACGCACUGGAUCAGCCCGUGUCGGGAAAUGGCCUUGGUUAUAUUUCGAACGACGGACAUGCAUUCCUCUGCCGUAAUCCCGCAGUCAUGCAGCAAGCAUUCCAUGUGAUCUUUGUCAUUGACAGGUCAGCAUCAAUGAGCUACACCGAUCAUCGCCCACGAGGCGAUACUCCCUCGACUGCCUUGAUUACUCGUAAUCAUAAUAAUAGGCUCGGUGCGGUCUACUCGUCGUUGCAUGCAUUCUGGCAGGCUCGGCAUCACGUUACGAACGCCGGAGGACAAGGCGCUAUUGCUCUGCGUGAUGCGUAUACCGUCCUGCUAUUUGAUCGCACUGUCUCAGAAUGCGUCGCGAACGACUUCAUCAGUACACAUGAUGAGUUGCUGAGCGCGGUACUGCGCUACUCAACCGGUCGUGGCACAAACUUCUUUGCUGCGAUACAGGCCGCGAAAGCAGCUAUGGAACAACAUUGGAAUACUGAUAGAUCGCCCGUCGUGAUCUUCCUCUCUGACGGUGAAGGUAAAUUACCAGACAUGGCCAUGCAGGACCUGUGCCUCAGGUCUUCCGCUCUUGGGAAACCGCUUUCAUUCCAUUCCGUGUCCUUUGGGCGUGACGCUAAGAGCUCCAGCCUCCGGCGCAUGGCUCAAAUCGCGAAGGACGUGCAGGACCGCUCACCUCAUGAUCCUAUGCAUCCGACCCCGCCAUCGUCAUAUGCAGAAGCCCUUGAUAGUGUGCAACUGGCUGAGACAUUCCUUGGCAUCGCGGAAUCGUUGAGGAAAACAAGAGGCGCAUUGCUCCAUAGCUUGUAGGCUCCCAGGUAUGACUUGGAGGUGUCGCUGCAUCCGCACGCCCGGUCCGAAUGACCAUGAGCAUGUUUCGACAGGGGAGAAUGAAUGAGUUCGAUUUUACUAGUACGAAAGAUACAUAGAGCGGGAUGACGGAGUGGUAUACAUUUACAUACCAGUCGAUGUACAGUGGCUGGCAAGGAGUAAUAAGGAAGUGUCAUCGAUUAGAACGAGAAUAGGAAGAUUUAAAUAUGGACAUUGUCAGCGAUGUCAAACCCUUCUUUGAUUGGCGGUCCAGGUCCUUCAAUAAGUUUAGUGACGGUGAGGAGUUCCAGCUGG